AUGAAAUAUUGUUAUGUGCUUGCAAAAUAUGACAACUUCGUCUACGAAAAUUGGUGGAUUGUGCGAUGUUUGUUCAAUCUGAAAGUUGCAAAGGAUGAUGAUUCCGAUUUGAUCGCUCCGGAAAGACGAGAGCACCCGCUCAUCAAUCGCAAUCCAAGGAUGCAAGCUUCACCAGCAAAUGCGGAAAAAAAAGCGAUUAACAAAUUAGGGCAAUCAAAUGGUGCAGCAGUGGACAUCAAAUGCAAUACCAAAGCCCUGCGCUACGUAAUACAGUCGAAUAACUCGCCAGUGUCUAAACGUAUUGUGCAAGUGAAUAUUUUAAUUCUUCUUGUGUUACAGAACAUCGGUGACAAUUCAUCAGUAUCAAAACGAGCGAUAAAUGACCGAGCGGAAGCGAAGUUCGGUGGCAGCAUCGAUGUGAUCUGUUCGAAAGGCCACUUCUCCUACGUGUACAGCUCGAAUUUAUACUGCGAAGCAACGAAAGGCGACAUCACGUGCAUCGCGUUUCGCCAAUCGCACUAA